CAAACAAUUCAGAGAAACAUGAGGCCAAAAACCAGUCAAGCUUUGAAUCUUAAGGUCCUCCUGCUAGGAGUUUUCCUUGCUUUUGUCCUUCUCUUUGUGUUGAGAUCAAGUUUAUCAUCUUCCCUUGAAAAUACAGCAUCUCCCAUCUUACAGAGCUUUUCACCAGCUAAAGCCUCUAAUGCCAUUAAAGAAAGCAAAACAGCAAACUGCUCGUCAACUUGCAACAAGAUACCCCGUUCUCUUGCCCAAGCUCUCAUUCACUACUCAACCUCAACUAUCACCCCACAGCAAACACUAAAAGAAAUCUCCGUCACAGCCAAAAUUCUAGAGAAAAAGUCACCAUGCAACCUCCUAGUAUUUGGCCUAGGCCAUGACAGCCUUAUGUGGAGCUCACUCAACUAUGGUGGACGAACAGUUUUCCUUGAGGAAGAUGAAGCUUGGAUAGAGCAAAUCCGACGCCGGUUUCCCAUAUUAGAAUCCUACCAUGUCACGUAUGAUAGCAAGGUGAAUCAAGCGGAGAAUCUCAUGGACGUAGGCAGGGGACCUGAAUGCACAGCCAUUGGUGACCCUAAAUACUCAAUGUGCCAACUUGCAUUGAAAGGUUUGCCAAGUGAAGUUUAUGAGAUGAAAUGGGACUUGAUUAUGGUAGAUGCACCGACCGGGUACUAUGAGGAGGCUCCGGGGAGAAUGACUGCUAUAUACACUGCUGGUAUGAUGGCAAGAAAUAGAGAGGGAGGAGAGACUGAUGUGUUUGUGCAUGAUGUGAACAGGGUGGUUGAAGAUAAAUUCUCCAUGGCAUUUUUAUGUCAAGGGUACAUGAAAAAACAAGAGGGAAGACUUAGACAUUUCAGAAUCCCUAGCCACAAGGAUAGCUUGGAAAGGCCCUUUUGCCCAGAGUGAUGAUUUUUACAAUUUUGUUGGCUUUUCCCUUCAUCAAUUCUUUAUUGUUGAUGUACUGUUUUAUGGGGAAUUGUCCUUUAUAGGAAAGAUAGAUACGGUUGAGUUGUUAGCAGCAACCAAAUUUCAUAGCAAUCUUUGCUUUGCAAAUUGUUAUGCAUGCUGCAGAAACCUCUCACAUUUCUUUGAUCCGAUAUAUAUAGAACUACAGAAAGUAUAAUAAAGACAAUCAAAGGAUGAGUUUAUAUAU